AUGGACCAGCAGCAGCAGCCUCCCCCAACUGGAGGCGUCCCUGGGCCGACUGGACGCCGUCUUCACAUCGCCCAUCGUCGAAGCCCUUCAGAGUUAACCCCUCUGAUGAGCAUGUUCUCCAAUCCUGGAAUGGAGCAACUCGCCAUCCAGCAGCAAAUUGAAUUGUUACAACAACAGCAACAGCAGAUCCAAGCAACUCAUCAACAAUAUAUGAACAUGGGAAUGAUGGCACCCGGCCAGCUUGGUGCCGGCGGCCAGUUCAAUCCUUUGCAACCUAACAUGCCCAACAUGUCGCCACAACCGGCUUUUCAAUUUCCCAACCAGCAGCUUCCACAGCAACAGAAUAUUCAAAUGACAGCGCCGAACCAGCCCAUGUCACAUCGUCGAAACCAGUCUGCCCUGCCUAACAUGAAUAUGGGCCCGCCCCCGGCACCAUCCUCUGGAGCAUCCGGUUCCGCGUUUGGACAUUUUGAGAAUAUGUCGGGCCAGAGUCGUGAGAAUGCGCCACGAGGUGGACGGGGCGGUGGCGGCGGUAGUGGCGGAGGUCAUCAGCGAAGGCAUUCUUUGGCCCUAGCCGAUGCUAAAAAGGCUGCUGAACUCGCUCAGCAGAAGCGCACUACUACGAAUUUCCAAUUCCCCGGGCCCGGGACUGAUGCAAGCGCGCCAGCUGAAGAGCCUAAGAGCAGCGUUGCGGACACUCCUAUAGCACAGGGGUCAUCUACUCGCGGUGGACGGGGCGGGCACGGGCGUAGCCAGAGCAUGGCCACACAUGGUCGUGGAGGUGCGCGCAGCGGUGUGCCUGGCGAGAGUGGUGAUUUUCCACGUCGUGGAGGGGGCGCAGGCGGCCACACCCGGUCAUCCUCGCGCAAUUUUGAGGGCAAUUGGCGCAACCAUAACCAAGGUCAGGAUCAAUCCAACCAAGGUCAGCAGGGUUUUCAGCCUGGUCAUCGUUCUCGUUCCUCAAUUAAUCAGUCUAUCUCUUCGAUUGGCACUUUUCAGUAUCCCGGCCAACCUCAACUUAUGCCAAUGCCUGGACAAAUCCCCAUGAUGCCGAUGUAUGGCGGCCAACAACUCAAUCCCAUGCAGAUAAACCAACUCCAAGCUUUACAAGCUGCUCAGAUGAAUGGCCAGCACAUGGUUGGUCUUCAAGCUAGCCAGCAUGCCCCUCAGCUUGGAGGCCAGCAAUCUCAGCAGCAACAGAGAAAAACGCUAUUCACUCCUUACUUACCGCAAGCUACCUUGCCUGCGUUACUCGGCGAUGGCCAGCUCGUUUCCGGAAUUCUCCGUGUAAAUAAGAAAAAUCGCAGCGAUGCAUACGUAUCUACUUCGGACGGCCUCCUAGAUGCCGAUAUUUUCAUUUGCGGAAGCAAAGAUCGCAACCGAGCGUUAGAAGGAGAUUUGGUUGCCGUCGAACUUCUCGAUGUUGACGAAGUUUGGGGGCAAAAGCGCGAGAAGGAGGAGAAGAAGAAGAGAAAGGAUAUCACCGACACCAGAACGGGCUCGACCAACGGAAACGGCCCUUCCAGUGCUACCAAUGGUGAAGAUUCCGCUACAGGUGACGGAGGCAUCCGUAGAAGAGGUAGUCUCCGCCAGAGACCAACCCAGAAAAAGAAUGAUGAUGUGGAAGUGGAAGGCCAGAGUCUUUUACUUGUCGAGGAGGAGGAAAUCAACGAUGAAUCGAAGCCUCUUUAUGCGGGCCACAUCGUAGCCGUCAUCGAACGAGUUGCCGGCCAGAUGUUUUCGGGUACCCUUGGCCUUCUGCGACCAAGCAGCCAAGCCACCAAAGAGAAGCAAGAAGCUGAGCGAGCUGCUAGGGAUGGCGGCCGAUCCCAUGACCAUCGACAGCCAGAUAAGCCAAAGAUUGUCUGGUUCAAGCCUACCGACAAGCGUGUACCACUGAUUGCAAUCCCUACGGAACAGGCGCCGCGCGAUUUUGUCGAGAAACAUCAAGAUUAUGCUGAUCGAAUCUUCGUUGCGUGUAUCAAACGGUGGCCGAUCACAUCAUUGCAUCCUUUUGGCACACUUGUGGAGCAGCUUGGUAAGAUGGGUGAUUUGAAGGUCGAGACGGAUGCUCUUCUUCGUGACAACAAUUUCUCUUCUGAUGAAUUCGCUGAAGCUGUUCUUAGAAGUGUCGGUCUUCAGGAUUGGUCUCUCUCUAAAGAGGAUGAGACCGCCAUGAAGGAUCGCCGAGAUUUCCGUGAUGAGACGACCUUGACCUUUGAUUUGGCUGGCACAGGUGAACUUGGUGAUGCAGUUCACGUCAAGACCCUUUCCGACGGCAAAAUUGAGAUUGGUAUUCACGUGCCUGAUGUCACUCAUUUCGUAAAGCCGAACUCACUAGUUGAUCGCGAAGCAAAAAAGCGCGGAACUGCUGUUCAUUUAGUGAACCGCACUUGUGCUUUACUUCCUCCAAAGAUCGCAUCUGAAGUUUGCACACUCACUCCUGGGCAAGACAGGCUCACAGUCAGUGUCGUUUUUAAGGUCAACCCUCAUACAGGGGCCGUUGCCGAAGGCGACUCUUGGAUUGGGAAAAGUAUCAUCAAAAGCAAGGCAAAGCUAUCACUGAAGGAUAUUGAUGAAGCCCUGGCGGGUGGUGCCAAUUUUCAACACGAGUGGGCUCAGAUCAAAGACAUACAAAUUCUCAAUGCUAUUGCGCAGAAAUUUCAAGAAGCGCGGCUUGGUUCAAACGACGAGGUCACUGCGCCGCUGCGUUUGCUUCACCAUCUCGACGAUGAGAACAUUCCUAUCCGACAUAACAUAUUUGAUACCACGACGGGAACUGAACUCGUCGAGGAGCUUUUGCAUAAGGCUAAUGCGUAUGUUGCUCAAAAACUUGCUACAGAACUUCCCGAGAAAGCACUUCUCCGACGUCAAGGACCUCCUAAUACCCGGCGCCUACAAACAUUCGUUGAGCGCAUGAGAGCGUUAGGAUAUGACAUAGACACGACUAGCAGUGGGACUCUACAAAAUAGUCUCUUCAAAGUAGAUGACAACGACAUUCGCAAAGGCAUGGAGACUCUGCUUAUUAAGAGCAUGCACCACGCGAAGUACUUCAUAUCCGGCAAGAUAAAUCAGCAAUUGCGGCCUCAUUAUGCCCUGAACCUACCCCUCUACACUCAUUUUACGAGCCCAACUCGGCGAUACGCGGACAUUGUCGUGCAUCGCCAGUUAGAAGCGGUGUUGUCCGAGGGCGCGGUUGAGUAUAAUGAUGACCUGGAGACGUUAGUAAAGACAAUCGAAGCAUGUAAUAUCAAGAAAGAGUCGGCCCAAAAUGCUCAAGAACAGAGCAUCCAUAUCGAGUCCUGCCGAAUUAUGGAUAGAAAGCGACAAGAAGCCAAUGGUGACUUGAUCAGCGAAGGUAUCGUUCUUUGUGUUUACGAAUCUGCCUUUGAUGUCUUGAUUCCUGAGUGGGGCUUCGAAAAACGAGUGCACUGUGACCAGUUGCCAUUGAAGAAAGCGGAGUUCAGAAAAGAGAAGAGGGUUCUAGAGUUGUACUGGGAGAAAGGCGUGCCGAGUUCGGCGUACGUACCUGAAGAUGAGAGACCCAAGGCAGCCGCCUCACAGCGGGUUUCAAAUGCAAUAGCUGCUGCACGACAAGCCGAAGAGGCUGAGCGCGUUAAGAAGGAACGCGAGGAGGCUACUCGAAAGCAGACAGAAACUGGUACCAUGUCCACCGAUGAUGUGGAUGCGUUGUUUGACGAUGACGAAGAUAAUAUGUCCGACGCCACUGAGGCUAUGGCUGGCGCAUCGCUUGCUGAACGUCCUACUCAAAGCGUCCCAGGGUCGCCGAAUCGAUCCUCUUCGAAUGCUGCAGGUGUUUUGCAUCGCACAAGGUCAGACUCGAAAGUUCCCAUCGCUGAGGCUGUCGAGACCCGUUUGACGAACAAAGAAAAGUAUCUCAAGCUAUUCUCGCUUAGAGAAGAGGAUGGAGAGUAUAUUCAGGACGUGACGGAGAUGACAAGAGUCCCCAUUAUUCUUAAGACUGAUUUGACCAAGAGUCCACCUUGCUUGACAAUUCGCUCGCUUAACCCUUACGCUCUCUGA